ACACGCUUAUCAACUCAGACAAUAAUCGGUUCACCAAGAAUACAGUGGAAUCUUUACAUCUCUCAGCUUCGGGAAGAUAAUUGUGACCUAGUGCUUCGGAGAAACACCCUGCUUAGUUUUACACAUCCAAGCAAAAAUUGGACAGUCAUUGUGGCUGGUCGCCUUUUUAAUACUGCCAUAAAACACAAGAACCCAAGGAGGGGACGAAAUGACCGAAUAUGUUCGAAUGAUGGGAGAAUUGGAUAGAAUAUCUUGUUUUCUGGCUGGUGAAAUAGAAGUUCCUGAUGAUGUUCCAGGAUGGCGGGUGUUGUGUCAUUCACCAUCCAGAUCUUCAGAAUAUGCACCUACCCUUCCUGAUACUUACACAGAACUUGUCAGCAGACCUGCCGGGGCCAGUACUUCAAAGCGUCAUGGGAGCGAUUAUGAGUCAAACCGUGCGGAGAAGCGGAAACGCCUAGGAUGUUACAACCGAUCAGUCAGCGAUAUCCGUGUUCCACUCGUUUGGGAGACCUGUUUGCUAACUCUAUGGGAACACGCCAUCAGACAUUCAGUGCCAACCACUGUGCAAUGCAAAGAGGUAUUUGUGGAGCGAAUCAGAAGAAUCAGUUCCCUUGCCAUUCGAUCACUGCAACAGCGUGGGUUUUUCACCCUUAAACAUUUACUGGGGGUGUCACGUGCGACAAAAAUACACGAAUGGGCACGUGACAAAUGGAUUAAGAGGCCGGAUUUAUUUCGACCGGGGAAGCUAUCUGGUGCUGACCCUGGUGGUUCCAAGACAAUAAGGACCGAUUUGGUCGCUUGGUUUUGCACUGAUGAAUUCACUCAUGACGAAUCAACUGAUGAUGGGAUACACGAAGUUAAACUAUUAUUUCUUUAUCUGGAUGCUAUUGUGAGAGCUAUGGCUCCAUAUUUGGUGACGCGAACUGGUUUACCGGGGAAGAUCGAUUCCAGGAGCUGGGCGGCAUUGUCCGUCUACAAACGGCAUUCUAGUUCAAUAGAGGAACCCAUUGGAUACGUCGCACACUAUGAUAAUCCGGAAGAACUGUCAGAUGGUAGAUUGCUCUCAAUUAUGUACUAUUUAAACCCCCAAUGGGAGUCUUCUUGGGGUGGUAACUUGAUUUUGUGGCCACCUGGAGUUACGGUUUCGAAAUCGCAAACUUUAUGCGGAUCAAAUCCAGAUAAUGUUAAGAAUUGUACAUCGCAUACACUGUCUCUGGCGCCCACCCUUGAUCGAUUGGUUUUGUUUUACGCCGAUGAGCGAACGCUUCAUCUCGUUCAACCUGUGCUUCCUUCGUCGACAGUUGAUGAGAGAAUAGCCAUCGUAAACUGGUACUUUGACACUGUGGAACGGACGGAGUUUAAGAACAGACAAGAAAGGAACUAAAUUAACUGCGACCGGUUUGUAUAGUGCGUCUACUAAAGUGCGUUUUCUAAAAUGUAUUGAUCAGCUGGCUUUGUUGACCUGAUUUCCGCUUAAUAGCACAUUCUCGCAGUUCAAUUACUCAGAUGAUUUAGUGCGGAACUUGCAAAAAGUUAUCUCACUGUUGUAUCUACAUAUACAACACAUGCUUUUAGUGUUCCUUGUAUCCAG